CCGGAAGCAGUUGACCCGCCGUGGCAUUGUGGGUAGGCGGAAAAAGGCUCCAAAAGGUACGCUAAAGAGACGAGCGCACGUUGCAGAUUCGUUCAAGAAGAAACAACAAAGGAAUUAGUUUCAAAGACAAAAUUAAGGAAGAGAGCAGAAAAUGUCCAUCGGCGUACCCAUCAAAGUCCUGCAUGAGGCAGAAGGACACAUUGUGACCUGUGAAACCAACACUGGAGAGGUUUACAGAGGAAAGCUGAUUGAGGCUGAGGACAACAUGAACUGCCAGAUGUCAAACAUAACUGUGACUUACCGUGAUGGCCGGGUGGCACAGUUGGAACAGGUUUACAUCCGUGGCAGCAAAAUCCGUUUCCUCAUCUUACCUGACAUGUUAAAGAAUGCUCCUAUGUUAAAGAGUAUGAAGAAUAAGAACCAAGGAUCUGGUGCAGGAAGGGGCAAGGCAGCUAUUCUCAAAGCACAAGUGGCUGCCAGGGGUCGGGGUCGUGGUGGAAUGGGAAGAGGCAACAUCUUUCAGAAGAGGCGAUAAUUUCUCAGCUGUGUUUGAAAUGUUGCUUUGUAUAGUCUUUUGUUUUUAAUUUUGUCCCUUUCGGAUUUGGUAUUUUGGGAUUGUUUGUGUUUUACUUUGCAAUCUGUUCCUUUAUUUCAUUUUUUAUGAAAAAUAAACGUUUGAACUGA